CGAGCAGCCGCUCCGCCACCGCCAGCGCCAUGGACGCCAUCAAGAAGAAGAUGCAGAUGCUCAAGCUGGACAAGGAGAACGCCCUGGACCGCGCCGAGCAAGCCGAGUCCGACAAGAAGGCCGCCGAGGACCGCAGCAAGCAGCUGGAGGAUGAGCUGGUGUCUCUGCAGAAGAAGCUCAAGGGCACAGAAGAUGAGCUGGAUAAAUACUCAGAAUCCUUGAAAGAUGCCCAGGAAAAGCUGGAGGUUGCAGAGAAAAAGGCCACAGACGCGGAGAGCGAUGUGGCUUCUCUGAACAGGCGUAUCCAGCUGGUAGAGGAAGAGCUGGAUCGUGCCCAGGAGCGUUUGUCAACUGCUCUGCAGAAACUGGAGGAGGCUGAGAAGGCUGCCGAUGAGAGCGAGAGAGGAAUGAAGGUCAUUGAGAGCAGAGCCCUGAAGGAUGAGGAGAAGAUGGAAAUUCAGGAGAUCCAACUGAAAGAGGCCAAGCACAUUGCUGAGGACGCUGACCGCAAGUAUGAGGAGGUGGCUCGUAAGCUGGUGAUCAUUGAGAGCGACCUGGAGCGGGCUGAGGAGCGGGCCGAGCUCUCAGAAAGCAAAUGUGCUGAACUUGAAGAGGAGUUGAAAACUGUGACCAACAACCUGAGGUCGCUGGAGGCUCAGGCUGAGAAGUAUUCGCAAAAGGAAGACAAGUAUGAAGAGGAGAUCAAGGUCCUGACUGACAAACUGAAGGAGGCUGAGACCCGAGCUGAAUUUGCUGAGAGGUCAGUAACCAAGCUGGAAAAGAGCAUCGAUGACUUAGAAGACGAGUUGUAUGCUCAGAAACUCAAGUACAAAGCCAUCAGCGAGGAGCUGGACCACGCUCUCAACGACAUGACUUCCAUAUAAAUGUCUUUGCUUCACUUCUCCAAAGACACCCUUGUGGCGCUGGAUCCUCCAUCUUCCCUUGGCUCCUGGCUGUUUCUCAGUUCCUUGCCCUGUCCUCCUCCUGCUUCCCUCCAAGCCUUC